AUGGCAAAGGGAUGGUUUCUUCGACGGUUCUGCGAUGGAGGUUGUCGUAAAUCUGAUGGGGUGUGCGAUGGGGUGUGUCUGCAAGAGGAGAGAAUUUUCGAUUGGGUGGGGCUGGAUAUCAGAUGGGGUGGGGUUGGAUUUCAGAUGGGGUGUCUGAAAGGGAAGGGGGUUUUCGGUGGGUAUGAUAUGGGAUGGGGUUUACACAAUGAGUUAGGGAAUGAGGUUCAUGAGGGCAAUUUAGGGAAAAAAAAGGGGUUUAAUGAGUAA